CCACGUCGGCACGUCUUCCUGCCCUGCCAUAAUAUUCCAGGGAUCCCAGCGCGGACAGCCAAUGGCAGGCUGCCACCUGGCACCACUCGAGACGUUGACCCGCGAUGUGAUGUAGUAGCUGGGAGUGAGAUUUGGGAAGCUGCGGCUCGACAUUGCUGCGGCGGCCAUCGUGGAUCAUUGCAUGCGUUGAUCGGCCAUGGUGAUGGAGAUGGAGGCCGACAUGGACCGGGUGCUCGAGCGCAUCGACCUUCUCCUCGACGGCGACGGCGACGGCCGUGGGGCAAAUCCAUGUGGGGCAGGGACUGAUCGGAGCAGGAGCGGCGGCUGCGGCGGAGGCGGAGAAGGAGCAGAGGGGGAAGAAGACGGCGGCGGCGCGGUGAAGGAGCGGAUCGCGCGGGCGCUAAGGAUUUACAAGGAGGCGGUGGAGGACGAGGGCAGCGAGCGCGGUGGCGUGCUGGUGCAGGUGUGGGCGCCGGCGAGGGACGGCAACCGCCGCGUGCUUGCCACCCGGGGGCAGCCCUUCGUGCUGGCGCCGCCGCAGUGCCACCGGCUGUUCCAGUACCGGACCGUCUCCCUCACGCACGCCUUCCCUGUCGGCGGCCCCGGCGCCGCCGCCCCCGGCGAGCGGGGGCUGCCCGGCCGGGUGUUCGACGCGGGGGCACCGGAGUGGACGCCCAACGUCCAGUACUACGGCACCGGCGAAUACGCGCGCAUCAGCUACGCGCUCAUCUACGACAUCCAGGCCGCCCUGGCGCUACCGAUCCUUGACCCCGACACCGGGUACUGCCUCGCCGUGCUCGAGCUAGUGACGACCUCGCCGAGGCUCCGUUUCGCCGCCGAGGUAGACAAGCUCUCCAAGGCUCUCCAGGCCGUGGCACUGAGAGGUUCAGAGAUCUGCUGCCCUGCGCCCGAGAUAUGCGACGACGAGGCGGCUCAGCUAGCCAUGUCCGAGGUUUCAGAGCUCCUGACCACGGUGUGCGAAGUUCACAGGCUGCCACUGGCACAGGCCUGGGUCAGAUGCAAGCGCUGCAACCCCGACACGCCACGCGCCGGCGCCCUGACGGCGGCCGGCGCGCCGUUCCACCUCGCCGACGAGGGCGUCCGCAGCUUCCGCGAGGCCUGCGCCGAGCACCACCUGAGGAGCGGC